AUGUCAUCAUCGUCGUCGUCGUCCCCCGUCUGGCUCAUCACCGCAGCGAGCAGCGGUUUCGGCAAGUUCAUCGCCCUCGAAGCCCUGUCUCGAGGACACAUGGUCCUGGCGACGGCGAGAAACGCAACCAAGAUCGACGACCUCAAGUCGGCCGGGGCAAAGACCUACGCGCUCGACGUGACAUGGGAUACGACCCGUCUUCAGACCGCCGUCGACCAAAUGGUCCAGGAUGUAGGUCGUAUUGACAUCCUGGUCAACGCCGCAGGCUAUAUUCUCGAAGGUGCCCUUGAAGAGGUCUCGCCGGAAGAAACGCUUGCAGAGUUCACAACAAACGUCUUCGGCAUGAUCAACGUCACCCGCGCCGUGCUGCCCACCAUGCGCGCCCAACGCUCCGGUGUCGUCGCCAACUUUGGAUCCCUGGGCUCCUGGAUCGGCGGCGCCGCAUACUCCAACUACGCCGCCACCAAGUGGGCGUGUUCCGCAGUCUCCGAGUCGCUCGCCGAGGAGCUCAAGCCACUGGGCAUCACCUGCACCGUCGUCGAGCCGGGGUACUUUCGCACGGGGUUCCUCAACCCCGGCGCGCGCGUCAAGUCCGCAAGGGUCAUCGACGACUACACCGACACCGUCGUCGGACAGGUCAGAAACGCCCUCGACUCCGUCGACAACAACCAGCCCGGCGACGUGGUCAAGGGGUCCAAAGUCAUCGUCGACGUGCUGACGCGGACGGGCGCCGCCGCAGGAAGGGAGAUCCCCAUUAGACUUGUUCUGGGAAGGGAUUGUGUCGAAACCAUCCGACAAAAGUGUGAGAGCACUCUAAAGUUGCUCAACGAGUGGGAGCCCAUCAUCACCUCUACCGACCACGACAACGCAUGA